AUGGGACCGACAUUGAAGAAACAAAAGAUUAAUAAAAAUGGAAAAUCUAUAAAUAAAAAGACAACACAGAAAGAAGAAAAGAAACCAAAAGUAACAAUUGAACAAGAAGAAGAAGAGUCAAGUAGUGAAUCAGAGGAAGAAAAAGAAGAAGAAGAAGAAGAAGAAGAAGAAGAAUCUGAAUUAGAAGAACAACAAGAUAGUGAAUUGGAUGAAGAAAUAGGAUCAGAUGAUGAAGUCGAUUUAGCAGAUGUAUCCUCCUCUUCUGACGAUGAUGAAGAUGAAGAUGAAUCAAAUUUCCCAAAAUUGAAAAAGAAUAAAGGUAAAUCAAUAGAUGAUGGAUCAGAAUCAUUUGCUACUGCAUUGACAUCUAUUGUUAAUUCUAAAUUAAAAUCAUAUGAUAGAAAAGAUCCAAUAUUAGUUCGAAAUAAAACAACUUUAAAAAAAUUAGAAAGUGAUAAAUUGGAAUUAAAAGCUAAAAAAGCAUUAUUACAAGAAAAGAAAAAUUUCCAAGAUAAAUAUCGAAUUAAAAAUUUAUUACCUAUUGAUAAUGAACAAGAACCUGGUAAAGUUAGAGAAUUGAUUCAAAAGGAGAAAGAUUUAAAGAAAGUUGCUCAAAGAGGUGUAGUUAAAUUAUUUAAUGCUGUUUUAUCAACUCAAAUUAAAACUAAUCAAGAAUUAGGUAAAGAAGUGAUUAGAGGUCAAACUAAAAAGGAAGAAUUGAUGAAUGAUGUUUCAAAAGAGAAAUUCUUGGAUUUAAUUGCUGCUGCUGGUAAUGAAGAUUAG